UUCGACUACAACUUCUUGAUCCUCCCAACCAACCAUCAUCCCAGCACACAAACUGACUUUCAAGCAUACAGCAAAUGCGGUCUGUUGGCUUCCCCAUCCGGGUACUGACGCCUAACACCAACGCGAAGGUCAGACCAAUGCUAGGCUCCCUUUCCACCGUCAGCCAGACAUCGCAUAGGGGUUUACUUACCUGUUAUACAAACCCAUCAUCACAACAGUAGAGCGGAGCCCGGAGCCAUGCCACCGAGGAUUCGACACGAGCGGAGAGAUUUUCGGCUUUCCACAAUCGGAUCGUGCUAGCCCAGCUUGCAUCAUUCUCCCUCGAUUUAACUCAUCCCUCUCCCACUUGGUUAUACUAGCAAGACUCGUGCAAUGGGACUCUGCUGAUUGUUGUGGUGAGAUCCAGCCCUCAAUGCCUGUGACCGGCGAGGAGGAAGGGAUUGAAGAAGCGAGUGGCGAAGAACCAAGGGGGAAACGAUGAGAAGAGGGAAGAAGGAGAGGGAAUGGGAAAGAGAAAGUGCGAUGCACGUUGAUAAGGAGAUGACUUGGAAGAAAGGGAGGGAGUACGCGGAACGGAGGGGAAAAGUGAUGCGAAGGAAUGAUAAAUUUUUCAAAGGAUGGAGGGAGAUGGAAUUCUUAUACCCUUUUGUUGCGCUGAUAUUCCUAGGCCAUAGCUCAAAAUCAAGAGCUCUCCCUUGCCCUCAUCGGGCUAUCAUCUUGUCUUCUGGAACCGACGAAAGUUACACGACUGACAACCUCAUUUGGGACGGAGAAGCGUUCCAUCGACGGCGGGAGAGGGAAAGCUAGAAAACGGAAGUGCUUUCUAGCGCUUGAGUCACCCUCAAUUGAAGCCUAGCCUUUCAGGACGGGAGGGCUUCUUGCAAGUGCGAGAGUUUGCGAUGAAUGAGGC